AAGAACAAGGUCCACAACCCAACCCACCAUCAAGUCCACCACACACGCCAUUCCCUUCCCCUCCCCCAUUCCUCGCCGCCGCCGCCAAUCCAAGGCCGCCGCUCACCUCCGAUCCGUCCUCCGCCGCCGCGGCGUCCUGGAUCGCCCCGCCAUGGACCAGUACGAGAAGGUGGAGAAGAUCGGGGAAGGGACGUACGGGGUGGUGUACAAGGGCAAGGACCGCUACACCAACGAGACCAUCGCGCUCAAGAAGAUCCGCCUGGAGCAGGAGGACGAGGGCGUCCCUUCCACCGCCAUCCGCGAGAUCUCCCUCCUCAAGGAGAUGCAGCACCGGAACAUCGUCAGGCUGCAGGACGUGGUGCACAACGACAAGUGCAUAUACCUCGUCUUCGAGUACCUCGACCUCGACCUCAAGAAGCACAUGGACUCCUCCCCGGACUUCAAGAACCACCACAUUGUCAAGUCCUUCCUGUACCAGAUCCUGCGGGGCAUCGCCUACUGCCACUCGCACCGCGUGCUCCACAGGGAUCUCAAGCCCCAGAACCUGCUGAUUGAUCGCCGCACCAAUUCGCUGAAGCUCGCUGACUUCGGGUUGGCCAGGGCGUUCGGCAUUCCUGUCCGGACAUUUACCCACGAGGUGGUGACACUAUGGUACAGAGCACCUGAAAUUCUUCUUGGUGCAAGGCAAUAUUCCACCCCUGUUGACGUGUGGUCAGUUGGUUGUAUUUUUGCUGAAAUGGUGAAUCAGAAGCCUCUAUUUCCUGGAGAUUCUGAGAUUGAUGAACUGUUCAAGAUUUUCAGAAUUAUGGGCACUCCAAAUGAAGAAACCUGGCCAGGUGUUGCUUCAUUACCGGACUACAAAUCAGCUUUCCCCAGAUGGCCGUCUUUGGAUCUUGCAACUGUGGUUCCAACACUUGAACCUUUGGGAAUUGAUCUUCUCUCUAAAAUGCUUUGUUUAGAUCCAAGCAGAAGAAUCAAUGCCCGAGCCGCCCUUGAGCACGAGUACUUCAAGGAUCUCAAUGUAGCCUCGUAGAUUAGGCCUCCUGCGCCUCUGUACAUUAGGAUCGUGAGUUGAUUGCUCUCCGGAAUUGUUUUCUGCCUCCCUAAAUCUAAGAUCGUGCACUCCAUUCCCCCCAAUUUUUAUGACUUCUGGUUGUGUAGAGAGAAAUGAAAACGCUCCCUGUUCGCCCUCUGUGUGACCCAAGCCAACUGAGAAGAUCGCUGAUGUUCUGGGAACUCUUAAGAUUUUUGCCCGCCUACACCGGACUUGUUCGUGGACAAUGAAUUUUAAGGUUGUAGCAGAGCUGUAGUCAAGGCAUGGUGACAGUGAACUUCCAACUGACGUGACAAUGUUUUUAUAAUCAUGAAUGAGGUCAAUUCAGGUAA